AUGGUUCUAAUCGAAAAGUUUUGGUCCCUCAAGGCUGUGGCUUUCUUGUGCCUAGGUCCAAGCGAUAACCCUAUUGCUACUACUGCUCCUAACCUAACUGGAGGCAAGAUCGCUAAUACAGCUCCUCCCGGUCCAUUCUUUCAAGGAUUCAAGCCACCGUAUCCUACAGAUGCCUGGUGGUCAGGAUAUAGUGUUGGCACACAGGAUUCUACCGUAUCCGGUCCCUUUCCUUUUGAGUCUGCCACCACCAAUACCUCCAUUGUUUUUGGUAUCUCAAACAAGAGAGAUUUUGAUGGAACUUCCAUUCAUCAACCUACACAGACUGAUUGGAGUGUAGGAAUGUCUGGUCUCCCCAAUGACCUUCAGCAUCGUAAAGCUACCUCAUGGGAUACACAGACUGUGUGUCUUCAAUACUUCACCGAUAGUGGCUCCACUAUGUCGUCCUGUAUGGUUCCUGGAUCUCCUUACAUGACAUUUACAUUCAAGAAUGCAGUUGUCAACAUCAAUUCUAUGAAUGGAAAUUUAGGAACUCUUACAUGGGUAACUGCUGGCAAAAAGGCAAAAAUCACCAACAGUGCUGGCACUUAUCUUCUUUACGCUCUGGAUACUUCUCUUACCUUGACUACAAAUGCAAACACUCUCCAAUCCCAGUCUGGCUAUACUGGAACUAUCAGAAUGGCUCUCCUCAAUGAAACAUCGCAAGAAGCCAUUUUAGAUAAAUAUGUUGGCGCCUACCCAACUGGUCUUACCAUGUCGUAUGCCGUUAGUGGCAACACUAGCACGCAGACUUGGAAAUGGAGCACAGCUGGAAAUUCUUCUUCCCUUCUUACAUUGAGCUGGCCACAUCACAGAAAAGUACUGUCCAACCCAACCUCUGCUAGCAUUCAAUACUUGACGACCAAAGGAUAUAUGAAGGGUGUUGUUGGUAAUACCUGGACUUUGACCCACACACUUCCCUCUAUUUAUUGGUUCGCUCCAAAUGCUCCUCAAAGCUCUUGCUUGUCCCAGCUGAAUCAAACAUUGCAAUAUGAUGUCUCAGCUCUGUCAGUCAUGGUUCCUGGAGAUUUCUACUAUUGGGGAGGAUCCUUCGCCAGAGCUGCUCGUUUGGCCCUGAUUGCUGAGCAAACUGGUCGUACUGACCUUGUCAACACAGUUGUCGGUAUCUUGAAGCAAAGCUUUGCUUAUUGGUUGGAUGCUACUCAUUCUCCCGCUGCUGCUUAUGAAACUGGCUGGGGUGGUGUCAUUAACAAAGAUGGAUGGAACAAUACCUGGGUAGACUUUGGUAAUGCUUACUAUAACGAUCAUCAUUUCCAUUAUGGAUAUUUCCUCUACGGUGCCUCCGUCAUUGGAAAGUACGACGCCACUUGGUUAAGUCAAAAUAAGGAUUUCUUGACACAUAUUGCUCGUGAUAUUGGCAAUCCGUCACCUAAUGAUCCCUAUUACACUGUCACCCGCCACAUGGAUUGGUUUGCUGGUCACUCUUGGGCUAGUGGUAUUGCCAACGGAGCAGGAUCGCGUGAUCAAGAGAGUACUGGAGAAGCUAUUAACGGAUACUAUGGUUUAUUGAUGUUUGCUGAAGUUACUGGUAACAAUGCACUCAUCGAUUAUGCUAGAAUGCUUCUUGCUAUCGAAGAAAUGGGAGCUCAGACUUACUGGCACUUGUAUCCCAGCGUCACUACCGAUACCCCUUAUCCCGAAGCUGGAUUCCGAAACCUUAUUACCGUUGGUAACGUCGAGGACUGGCAAGCUGGUGCAUGGCUGUUCUGGGGUGCUCAAAGAACAGAAAUUGCUGCUAUUCAAAUGUUGCCUCUCACGCCAAUCGGUGAAGUCACUUAUGAUAAAGCCUGGCUUCAAAAUGUCAUUCCUUACUGCCAAGCUGAGCUCAACGAUCCUACUAUUGGAGACGCUUUCAAGUCAGUUAUUUACGCCGCCUACGCAACUGUGAACCCUCAACAAGCAUUCAACUACUCUCAGCAGUUGUCAGAUUGGGGAUCUGGAAACUCUGCAACCAAUCAGCUUUACUUCGUAGCUACUCGUUCAUCUUCAUCAAAUAUCUGCAACACCAACCUCCAAACACCACAGGGCUCUUACUACAUCCAAGAUGUAGCCUCUGGCAAAUACGUGACAGUCUCUGGAAGUGGAAGUCUAGCAGCUACUGCCUCUGCUAGUUUGACUGCGGCUCCUUUCACUCUUGCCUUUAUGCCUGGUGGUGGAUCUAUUCUUGCCCAGUCAAACAACCAAUAUGUGACAGCUGAUCCCAAUGGACAGACUGCUCUUGCUGCAGCUCGUGCCACUCCUUCUACCUAUGAGACCUUCCGUUGGGUUACGCAAUCUGAUGGAUCUUACCAACUUCUGGCUCUUGUCAAUCAUGACUACGUUUCUACUACCUCAUCCAACUUGGUAAAUAACGCUAAUUCCACUAACGGAAUCACCGCCGGAAAGUACAAGUUAGUACCGAUUACUAGCAGCACUGGCGCUGCUGUUCCCGCAUCUGGCACUCUCAAGAAUGUCAAGACUGGAAAAUAUGUUGUGGCUACUGCUGCUAACGUGACCUUGCUUGCUACUGCCACUUCUGCAGCAAGUGCAACCAAGUGGACUUUUGAGAAGUUGUCUACCAGCACCAGCACUACCACUUACUAUGACAUCCGUAGCCAAACUACUAACGAAAUUGUCACUGGAACCACUUCUGGUGCUGAUCCUUUGACCGCCGCUCGCGAUGUUGCUUCUACUUGGGAGUCAUUCCAAAUUCUCUCAUAUAACGGAAAUUUUGUUAUCAUUGAUUUGGCCAAUGGUCUCAACGUUGCUGUGCAAGCAGACAAUACAUUGAUUGCCAACAGCAAUAUCGUUGAUUCUAGCACCACCUGGACCAUCGCAUAA